AUGGACCGUAAACAUCUAUUUUAUGUAACACUAUUUAUUAUUUAUAUAAAAACUUCAUGUUCGGAAUCCGGUGAUGUUGCAACAGAAAUGGUCUCACACUCUGACGAUCGUGAAUGCAAAACUAGAAUGCGACAAUGUUCAAUAAAAGUGACUACUGAAUAUUUGCGAGGAGAGAGUGGACCAAUAGGACCUACUGGGCCGACAGGACUCCCUGGAACACCGGGUUCAAAAGGGGAGACCGGAGAGCGAGGUCCACCGGGACAGCCGGGAUCACCGGGAGUUUGUUUACCUCCUUAUGAUCCAGAUGAUGACAUGGGCGAUGAUGCUUUGGGCGACAAAGGAAAGCCUCUAACUAAACUUUGUAGGGAGUAUUCGUUUGUUCAAGCUGCGAGCGAAGAAAACAAAUUGUACUGGAUGAAGAAACAAAAUCCUUUCUUAGUUACAUGCCCUCGCGGUGGUUGGACAUGUAUUCAAUUGAAGGACAAUUCUUUUGCAAUCAAUUAUGCAAGUAUCAACAGACAGUUUUGGUUAAGUGAACAGAAUUUUAACGUCACUGAGUUUUAUGGGUUAACAUCUGAUCAAAUUUCAUUUUUACAAUCGCAAGCGAGCUCUGCGAGACAGAAAAUAAGAUACAAUUGUGAAAACUCUUGGGUUUUACCAAAAGAUAAAGAAAGAUCACUACAGAUUCUAUUAUGGAACGAUGUCUUGAUAGGACCUUAUCCAGGAGACAGAUCACCACUUUUUUACAGUUUACUUGAAGAUAAGUGCAAUGAAUCGACAGAGGCUGGUUACACUGAUAUUUGGAUUGAAACUUUGUCACAUCGGUUGCCAGUAAUUGAUUUUAAAAUAAGAGAUAUUAACAGAGGUACACAACAAUUGCAUUUGGAAUUGAAAGAGCUGUGCUUCGUUUGAAAAUUAUUAAUCGUGUAAAUUUUGUUAGGAAGAAAAUCCGACACUGUACCGGUGUACUGGCGCAAC